AACGAUGUUUUGAAAAAGAAACGAUAAAGCCACCUUGACCUUUAAAAUGACUAAGUAUUGUUUUGCUUAAUAAUUUUCCUAUCUUAUCGAUAAUUACUGUCAAGCAAGUCAAGCAACAAGUUACUUUAACUCUGUUAAAUAUUAAGUUUAUUAAUAUAGACCUGGGAAAAUGUCCGUUGUUCAACAAAAAGUUGUUUUUGUGGGCACCAUCGCCUCUACAAGUGCUUUAGACCGGUUAACUAUUUUAAAAGGGUUUAUCGCAGUCGAGAAUGGAAAGAUAAUUAAAAUAGGUUCCACUGAAGAACUAAACACAUCAAAAGAAUUAUUGGACUUUACAAAAAUUAUUCUUGAUGAAAAUCAACUAUUAAUACCUGGAUUUGUAGAUUGUCAUACACAUGCACCUCAGUUCCCUAACAUUGGACUAGGUCUGGAUAGACCAUUACUGGAGUGGCUAGACAAAUAUACAUUCCCUUUAGAAAGCAAGUAUGUUGAUGUUAAUUUUGCUAAGAGCAUAUAUGGACAAGUUGUGCAAAGGUUAAUUAAUAAUGGUACUACAACAGCCUGUUACUUUGGCUCACUCCAUCUUGACGGGACAUUGGCACUGGUUGAUAGUGCCAUCAAAUAUGGACAGAGGGCGCUAGUUGGCAAAGUUAGCAUGAACAUUGAGAAUGAUGCUGGAUAUUACAAUGAUACAGCAGAAGAAUUGAGAGAUGUUGAAUGUUUUGUACAGAAAGUAUUGGAAUAUAAGAAUGAUUUAGUGUCUCCAGUUGUAACACCAAGGUUUGCUGUGAGCUGUAACGCUGCAUUAAUGACUGGUUUAUCUGAUAUCGCUAAUAGAUAUGGCUGUAGAAUACAGAGUCAUAUAUCAGAAAAUCUUAAAGAAAUUGAACAUGUAUUGAACAUUAACCCCGAUUGUAAGAGCUAUUCGGAAGUGUAUGAUAGAAGUCAUAUACUUAAUGAUAAGUGUAUAAUGGCGCACGCAGUAUAUCUGUGCGAGGAGGAGAUGUGUCUGCUGCAGUCGCGGGGCGUGUCCGUGGCGCAUUGCCCCGCCUCCAACACGCGGCUGCGCUCCGGACUCUGCCCCGUCAGGAGACUGAUAGAUGCAGGUCUCACUGUAGGACUGGGCACUGACGUAUCCGGGGGAGAUAGUUCAUCCAUACUGGAUGCAAUGCGGCGUGCUAUGGACGUGUCCGCACAUCUGGAGAUGUUGGACACGACCAGUGUAACAAGACCCGCCUUCAAUUGGAGGGAAGUGUUCUACCUGGCCACUCUAGGGGGUGCUACAGCUCUACGUCUGGAAGAUAAAGUCGGUAGUUUCGAAGUCGGCAAAGAUUUUGACGCUCAAGUGAUUGACGUAUUUGCAAAUGGCGGACAAAUUGACAAGUACGAUUACAAAAUGGAGGGAAACGAACACGAUCGUGUGUCGCAGAUGUUACAAAGAUUCAUAUAUUUGGGCGACGAUAGAAAUAUAACACAAGUAUAUAUUAAAGGAAGAAAAGUCAAAGGUUGAAAAAAAAAUGUAAUCAAAAU